AGCCGCAGCUGCUGCCACUGGCGGGCGCAUAUCAAUCGCGGGGCAAUUUGUGUUACAUAGCGAUAAGCAACCUCGAUUAACAAAAUACAUACUGUAACUAGAACUCAAUAACCUGCACUAGAUUCGCCCAACACAAUAAAGCUUCAAACCUAACCCAUUUAUAAUCGCAAGCUAAGAACUACUUAACCUACAAAAUAAUCAACACAAUGGUGGCAGCAGACACACCACCAGCCCUGCCGUCCGCACAGCAACAAGAUGACAAAACCGAGCAAUUCCCCCUCCCCACCAUCCUGACGUACCCCUCGUCCACCCCGCCAACCCUCAUCACCCAAGGCGCCGAAGCACGCCUCUACAAAACAACCUACCUCCUCCCAACCCUCCCCUCGGCCCUCAAAUACCGCCCGCCCAAACCAUGGCGCCACCCCGCCCUCGACGCUCGCCUGACGCGCCACCGCAUCCUCGCCGAAGCCCGCGUCCUAGCGCGGUGCCGACGCGCCGGCGUCCCCGUCCCCGCCGUGUACGCCGUCGACGAGACGGCCGGGUGGUUGGCCAUGGAGUGGGUGGGGGGCCCGCCCGCGCGCGCCGCGAUUAACGAGUGGUUGCGGCGGAGGAAGGAGGCGGAGAACGACGACGCGAGGGGGAACGAAGGGGAUGCGGCUCCGGUUACGGGCGAGAGAGAGGAUGAUGCGGAUUUGGUGGCGCUGAUGCGGAGGAUAGGAAGCGCGGUGGGACGCAUGCAUGGCUUGGGGGUUGUCCAUGGUGAUUUGACGACUAGUAAUAUGAUGUUGCGGCCGUGGGAGAAGGGUCGGGAGCCGGCGAAUGGGCACGCGGGGGGUGGUGGUGAUGGGUUGCUGGAUGGCGAUAUUGUGAUUAUCGAUUUUGGUCUCGCGAGUCAGAGUACGUCUGAUGAAGAUCGCGCUGUGGACUUGUAUGUCCUGGAGAGAGCGUUUGCCAGCACGCACUCUCGCGCCGAAGGAUUAUUUACGGCUGUGCUGGAAAGUUCGUAUAGGGAGACUUUCAAACAAGCGCCUGUGGUCUUGAAAAAGCUCGAGGAGGUUAGGAUGAGAGGGCGCAAGAGAAGCAUGAUAGGAUAGGAUGAAGCCAGGAAUUUGGGGUAUCUGUUCUGAAAAAUAGAUGCAUAAUUACUACACUCUAGACUCGCGUAGUUUAUGUGUUCAUGGU